AUGGCAGCAUCUCCCAAUCUUUACUUUCUCGACCUCGUGAAAUCCGGCCGCAUGCUCAUUGACCGUGGCAUCGUUCUCCCGGACGGCGAGGUGGACAACAUAUAUCUCCCUGUCGACACGUUCAAGCUCCUGCGCAUCGAUGACAGUGUUGUCUAUAAGAAGAUGGCCGAUAUCAAGGUGGUCGACAGGAGCCACCUGUACCCCGGACAGGUGGUCGGGUCGGCGCGCGACAUGGGCGGCCAGAUUGGCGUCGUCACGGGCGUCAACACCGUGCUGAGCCUGGUUAAGCUUGAUAACGACGGCCUGCCGACCAAGGUCAUCAGGGGUGUGUCCCCGUCUAGCCUGCGGCGCAUUAGGAGCCUCAACCUUGGUGACUUUGUUGUGUCCGGGCCGUGGCUCGGCCGCAUCGUCGAGGUGUCGAUCGACGUCGAUGUGUUGUUCGAUGACGGAGCAGUCUGCAGGGGGCAGCAGGUCUCCUUGCCAGGCAAUGGUCCACUCUUCAAGGAUGCUCGUUGGCUUAGUGGCUACUGGCAUCCUUACCGGCAAGUUGGCACCAUCAUGAAGGUGGAGACGUCUGCCGUCCUCGUCUACUGGGUAGCAUCGAUGCAUUGUGGCACGGACAAGGGGUUGGUGCAGGCAUCCGCUCCUCCAGCCUACCAGAAUCCAGACCAUCUUACAUUCUUCUGCGCCUCGUACAAUUGCUGUUGGGGGCUUGCCGACCGUUGUUUAUUUCGUGAAACUAGUUCCACCCAAGGGGAUGUAGCUCCUGAUCAAAGUGGUGAUCCUGAUGCUGACGCUGAUGCUGCUGAUGAUGAUGAGGAGGAGGAGGAGGAGGAGGAGUACAAUGCAUGCUCACAAGACAAUCAAGACGUGUGUGAAUCAUCAACCUCUCCGGAGCUACUACCCACGAAACAGAAUGAUGCGAGGUUUUAUCGGAAGCAGCUAAGGAAGGUCGUCUUUGAGGGCCAUAGACGGGGGCGACGGCUACAAGUCAUGAGACAUGCGGAAGUGGAGUUUCCCAUGGUCGUCGCCGACACAUGCACCACUGUGGACGUGCUGUGGCAGGACGGCACACGACAACAUGGCAGACGGUCAGCGACCAUUGCCCCCUUUGGGAUCUUGAAUGAGCAAGAGUUCUUACCGGGACAACAUGUUGUCGCCAACGUUUUUCCAACUAAUGAUGCCGUUGAUGACCAUGAUGACAUGACAACCACUAGUGUCCACAAUGACAAUGUUGCGUCUGGAAUUGUACCAACCGAGCGUGUGGGCAUCGUCAAGAGUGUGCAAUACGGGGACCAGACAGUUACUGUAUCAUGGUUCAAGACCCUAGGGCACCUACAUGAGCCUAGGGAGGUGGACUGCGAAGAAACCGUCAGUGCUUACGACCUAAAGUUGGACUCUAACCACUCUGCCUACUACGGUGAUAUUGUCAUUCGUCUCCUACCAUCAGGAUCAACAGAUGAUGGUGAAAGCGCGCCCUUGUUAAAGGGAAACAAGAAGAAAUAUGAUCUUUCAUGGGUGGGGCGGGUAGUUGAAGUUCCUAAUGGGCAAGUCCAAGUCAAGUGGGGUGAUGGUAGCAUGUCAACGGUAUCAGCCCAUGAUGUCGCCGUCGUCAAUGACGAGCACUACAUGGAGCUAUGGCUUGAAAUGGGCGACUGGGUAGAGGACAAUGGCAUCGAUGACCCACCCGAAGAACAGGUUGCUGCCAACACGGAGAUUGAUCUUCAGAAUCUAGAUAACGAUGUCGAAGGAGUCAAUCUCGCAAUGUCGAGGACAAGCCUUUUAGGUUUUUCAUUCCGGUCUUUGCUGCAAUUGACCAGCCACAUGGUGGCUCGAGGUAAAGGAUACCUGGCAAACUGGCGGCCCUCCUUGUCAUCGUUACCAAGCUCAGAGUUACCCGCGCUCGCGAAUGAUGUUAGUACCGGUGCUGCUGCAACGGAAACCAGUGAUGCUGCUGCAGAUGUGACCAGUCAUGGUUUGGCCGGGGGGGCCAAGGCUGCAUAUGCUACCUGUGUCUGCGAUGAAUCGUUCCGCUUUCCUCGUUUUGAUGUAUUGCAGAUCAGCCCUCUGGAUCACCACUACCUUGACACUACAGACCAGGUGGCUAGUCGUGCGAAGAGCUGGGCCAAAACAGUGCAAAAGGAAUGGAAAAUUCUGGAGAACGACUUACCAGAAACUAUCUACGUGCGAGCGUUUGAGGACCGCAUGGAUCUGCUCCGGAUGGUGAUGGUGGGCGCGAGCGGGACACCAUACCAUCAUGGUCUUUUCUUCUUCGAUCUGCAGCUACCACCGUCGUAUCCAUCUGCCCCACCGCAAGUGUACUACCAUUCCUUUGGCCUACGCCUCAAUCCCAACCUCUAUGAGUCUGGUACGGUGUGCCUCAGCCUGCUAAACACAUUCGGUGGCGAGGGAACCGAGGUCUGGUCCUCAACGGCGUCAAGCCUCCUCCAAGUCGUUGUCUCCAUCCAGGGCCUUGUCCUCAAUGACAAACCAUACUACAACGAGAGCGGCUAUGAGACACUGGUCGACAAACCGGAGGGCUGCCGCAAUGCGCUGUCGUACAAUGAGAAUGCUUACCUGCUCACCCUCCGGACCAUGCAAUACCUUUUACGGCGGCCACCUCAGGGGUUUGAGGAAUUCGUUAAAGAACACUUUCGCCGUAGAGGAAGGUUUGUGCUUAAGACAUGCAACGCGUUGCUGCAGGGAAAUAUUGUCGACAAUGCCCAUGCCACUGAAGCGAGUAGGCGGCCCUGCUCGGAUGGGUUAAGGCUUGCACUCACCAACAUGCUGCCGAGCCUUGUGGCAGCCUUCACAGAGAUCGGAGCCGAGGGGUGCCAAGAGUACCAGUAG